AUGGGGAGGCUGUCCGUCUCGUCCCUGAAGAGGACCGACGCCGGUCUGUAUCAGUGCACAGUGAGGAACCGGAUGGGAGCGGUGAUCCACAGGAGAACAGAGGUGCAGGUGGCCUAUUUAGGCAGCUUCUCCACGGAGGAGCAGAGAAAGACUGUGACUCAGGGCCGGGCCGCCGUCAUCAGCACGCCGCCCCUCGCCUCCUUCCCCCGGCCCCUCGUCACAUGGUUCAAAGACGGACAGAAGAUUAUCCCGAACAACCGAAUAGCCAUCAGUUUGGACAAUCAGCUGGUCGUCCUGGGAAGCACGGCGCUGGACGCGGGGCGCUACCACGUGGAGGCGGUGAACGAGCUGACGGGGGAGAACGUGACGAGUGCCGCCGUGUACCUGAGCAUCUCAGAUCCUGAGUCAGAGCUUUUGGCUCCAGCGAUCGUGAUUGGACCUAAAGACACAACAGUGGUGGCCGGGAGUGAGGCUACACUGGAGUGCAUUGCUAACGCCAGGUAA